GCGACAGAUCCAGCUGCUCAACCGGGGUCGACCUACUUAACUAGAAAGGGCGGCCAUAGACCCCGAACGGGACGCGCUGUGAUUGGUUGCCUCUGGUAUUGUUUCAAAGGAGACUCUUCUGUGAUUGGCUAGGAGAGUCAAGCGGGAAUCCGAGGUGGGAGGUGGGAGAGGGGUUUAACAAAGUUGUUACCCAGGCAACAGAGCGACGCACAGCGAGCGGCAGUCUAUUUUCGGAGCCUAGGCUGUGACCGGAGCACUGACCAAGAAUAUGGAAUCGGAAAACACAGAAGCUGAAAACAUGGACACAGAAAAUUUGGAAGCAAAAGGCAUGGAAGCUAAAACUAUGAAGAUUAAGACAUUGCCUUCUGUCUCAGACCUGCAAGCACUUUCCAGUCUACUGUAUCCUGAGGAAGAGGAUGAUUUGGAUGCUGGACAGGAACAACUCUCACCUGCUAUUGGAGCCAUGAGCCCUGGGAAUAUUGGGCCACCUAAAGCCAAAGAGCCCAAAGCCAUCCCUAAAUCCAGUGGUAAUGAAAGUGAGAAUAUCUGGAAUCCAGACGAAGUUCCGGAAGGAGCAGAGCAUGAUGAUAUAUGGGAUGUUCGAGAAAUCCCAGAUUAUGAGAUUGUAUUCCAACAAACUGUGGGAACUGAGGACAUAUACCUUGGACUAACAAGAAAGGAUCCUUCAACAGCAUGCUGUCAGGAGCUGGUGGUGAAAAUUAAACUGCCUGAUACAAACCCUUCUGAAAUUCAAAUUGAUAUCCAAGAAACUCUCCUUGAUCUUCGCACUCCUAAAAAGAAACUGAUAGUAAACUUUCCCCAGCCUGUGGAACGCAACAGUGCUAAAGCAUCCUAUAUCCAGGAAACUGAAACGCUUGAAGUCAGGAUGACUCUGCAAAGAGACCUUGAUUUUGAUCUUUUCUGAAACUGUAUGAAUAAGGAAAAGAAAAGGGAAAAACACAUGACAAUGAAACAGUUUUUUUUUAAACUUUGAAUAUUGGUUAUGUCCUCUUUUGUUUUCUGACAUAUUUUAGAAAGGUCCAGAACUUUAGUGGUGUUUUGAUCUGUUACAGUCACUUCUGUUACUCUUAGGAAACAUGGUUCUCUCAUACAAUAGGGCGCUGCUCCAUUUUUAUAGUGAGAGAUGAAUAAGAUAUUUACAGGUUAUCCAACAAGAUUACAUUAUCAAUUGCAAAUGCAACUAUGACCAUAAAAUAGGUGAUUCACUUAACUCAACAGUCUGAAGAUCUAUUUAUUACACUAUGAUAGAACCUGCUACAUAGGGAUUUGUCAUUAUUAUCAUCUGAAAAAUUCAUUUGGUUGUUUUUUUAUUGAUUUUUGUCAAUGAUUUAGGCUGUUUUCUAUCCAUGCCCUCAAUAUUGCUUUGUAACAUACAGGUAAAAAAGGACUAUAAAUAAUUUGCUGUGUCAUAUGAGCCAUGUGUUUACUUGAAAAAGUAAAAUGUAUAGAUAUAUUUGUAGAUUCAAUUUUCUCCCAUUUUUAUAUCCCUAUUGGACACUCUUAUUUUAUGCAUUGUUCCAGUGAUCCUUGCAUUUUGUAUACUAUUG